AUGCGACGCAACUCCAGAGAUAGUAUCCUUUCUGCUUCAUCAGGUGGCCCUGAUGGUCCACCACCUACUGGAAAUCAUGGCAACCACGGCAACCAUGUAAAUCACGGAAAUCACCCUCGAGGUGGAAUGCGUGGCCGAGGUCGAGGUGACUGGGAAGGUGGUCGAGGUCGAGGCCGUCCGUCCUUUUUUGAUGAUCGAGAAAAUUUCCGACGACGCAGCCGAUCCCGUGAUACAUGGCGAGAUCGUGGCCGAGAUCGAUUGGCUGAGCGCGAGCGUGAGAGAGAAAUGGAUCGAGAUCGCCCACCAAUGGACCGCAAUGAACGGGUUUUAGACCGAGACCGAGAUCGUGAUAUCUUGCGUGACAGAGAACGAGACCGAGACCUUAUCGAUCGACGGGAACGAUUUGAUCGACGAGAGGAUUGGGAUGUUCGCCGACCUGAUCGAGAGGAUCGCGAUCGUCCCGUAGAGCUAUGGAAGAGAGCCGCUGCAGAUCGUCCUCCAAGCAGGACAGAAAGCCGUACCGGGUCUAUCGCUCACAUUCCACCUACCGUCAUUGGCCUCGGAUCCGAUCGUCUUGAUGCUAAUAGUACUCCUGUGGACCAAAGCCGAAGACCGUCCAUGAUUCCAGGUGCGGUUAGCCUCGAGGCACGACGUGAUAGUGAUCGUUCUGAACCUCUUCCACCGCCCCUUCGCCCCGAGCCCGCUAAGGAAGUGGCCCCUCUUAAUCAACAAUCUCCUCCUCCAUCUGCACCUCAAGUUCCGGCCUUUGGCUCUGUGUCUGCUCCAAUACCAUCCGUACCUCCAACAAAGAGCUCAAUCGAUGGCCGUACGCCAAGUGAUGCAUCUAUCCAAGCAGAGAAAAAUCAGAAUCAAAAUGAAAAACCUCCUAAACCAUUACCUCACCCUCCGAUAGGUCCUAGGGCCGAACGCGCUGAGCCACCUCCACCACCAACACCGCAAAUCUCAGAAUCCCGAAGCCAACCAUUGGAUAGCCGGCAAUCUCAGGAUGAAUCGUUCCGAGGCUCGAGGGCAUCCACGCAGCUAUCGGAUAGAUCUCCUCCAACUGCUCCUGCUGCCAUGGCAAGAAGGGAUUCUGCGUCAGUUCAUGGCGCUGGAGAAUCGCACGGACCACCUCCAAAGCCAACACCGGUGUCUAGCUCUCCAAUCAUCUCUCGAUUGCCACCUCCACCCCGUUCACUUUCGCGAGAUCCAUCUAUUUCCCCUCGCAUGCAAACAUCAAACAUUCCGACAGGUCCUCGUGCUUAUCAGUCACGGCCAGGUUCAUCACCUCGUGGCCCAAACAAAGGCAAUAAGCCUUGGAGCCGUCCUGUGUUCAAUCGGGCACCAUCUGUAUCUGUUGCCCCACCAAAGAAAGAAACAGACGAGCUGGAAACUAAACUUCCGCCUGCCGAGAAGUCUUUCGAAGAAAAACCCCAUCAAGACAAACCGCAGGACGAGAAGUCACAGGACGAAAAACCCCAGGAAGAAUCCCAGGAACCUUCAUCUGGUCCAGUGGAAGACCUCCCCAAAGAGCAGAAUGUCAUUGUUGAAACUACAAGCGCCCUUUCUCCUAAGUCCCCAUCCUUGAAACUUCCCAUUCGCAGCAGUCCACCAGUGAUAUCGACAGGUGGAGACGGACUGGAAGAAGAAGAAGAUGAAGACCACCCCAAGGAUCAGAAAAAGGAAGGUAAAGAUGCCUCCGCUCUCAUCUCCGAUUUGGCACCAUCGAGUGACGAUGAGGAUGAAGAGACUGAAGUCUUCACUCAUGAAUAUCUGGAAGAGCGAAAACGGCUCUUUGAAAGAGACAUGGAACUCCUCCGAGCAGAAUUGCCUCCUUCUCCUUUGGAAGAUCCUCAUAUUGUAUCUCUUCUCCUCCGAAUUCAGUUACUUGGCAAGAUUGCCCAAGAAGAAACCUCAGGGCCAACACCCGCGCCGUCCGCUCCCUUGGUGGAAGCAAAAGAUGAAGAGGUGUCAAACAACGAGCAAACUGAGACGGUGGAUACCCACAUGGGGGAAGAUGGGACCGAGGAAGCUUCUCAACCCGAAAUGCAACCUGCGCUGUCUUAUCCCGAUGUCAAUAUCGACGGUCUUCCUUUCUUAAGCUCUGGCCCUCCAACUCCGCUCUCGGACAUGGAAGUUUGGCACGAGAAUGAUUCCACACAAGAGCAGCUAAAGAAUGUGUUCCGCAAUGAACUUUCUAAGCGCCAGCAGGAAAUCUCGGUCAAAAAUGCCGCUCUGAGGGAGGAGUACAUAUCUCACUACAAACCCUGGCGGAUGGCAGUCUGGGAAUUAGAUCAUUCAAAGGAUAAAAAGCCUAUGACUCCCGGUCCUAUGUCUCCCCCGCCACCCACGGCUCCUGUUACUCCAACUGUGCCGGUGGAUGGUCGUGAAGGUAGACGGUACAAGGGCAACAGCGAGUUGGAUUUCCUCAAUGCAUUGAAGGCAUCUGAAAUUUCGGCCCAACAGGAACUUGAACGACGACGAACCAAAAUGGCCACCGCUCGCCCCGACCUGUCUCGUGAGGCCGUGAUUCCAGAUAUGCUGGAGCCUCGAGAGAAAAAGGCCUGCGUCUUCAAGGAUGUGAACAAUACCGUGGAUCCUGACCAAGCAUUGCAAGUGUUUGCCUUCCAUCCGCCACCGAAUGACUUCACCGAGCAAGAGCACUCCAAGUUCACAGACGCGUUCAUGAGUGACCCGAAGAAAUGGGGCAAGAUCGCCGAGGCUCUUCCUGGUCGAGACUUCCAGCAGUGUAUUCUUCAUUAUUAUCUCACAAAGGAAGAGAUUAAGUAUAAAGCCAAGUUAUAUAAAAGGUGGAGCAAGCGGGGCAAGACGAAGGCCAAAUCCUCCCGGCCGAAGUCGAAUGCCCUGAUCGCCGACUUGGGUGUUGUCAAGCCGGAUUUUGAGGGAGAGGAGGAGACUCCAGCGGUCACUGAUACGGGGCGUCCCCGACGCGCUGCUGCGCCCACUUUUGGUGAUUCAAAUGAUCCAGAAGGGGCAGCGACGGGUCGCCGUGGUCAAACUACGAGGGUCACCGAGUCACUUGAGAAGCCUCCGUCUCGACGUGGCGGCCGGACUGCCACUGCGCGUGGUCAGAAACGUACGAAGACUGCUGAAAAGGACCAACGUGGCCAAACUCAACCACCACAACCGUUGCCCCCACCGCCAGGGAAUCCUCCGUUGCCAACUCUACCCAAAUUGGAAUCCACACUUGACGGAGUUUUGGAAUCUCCCUUGCCCCCAGAUCGAGACCUUCUGGACAGAGAACCCCUGCCGCCCAUUGCACGUCCCAGAGCCGGACGUGGAAGGACGAAGGAUGGCGUUUAUGUCUUUGAAUCCACAGAAAUCGAUCCAGCGAUGCCACCUAAGCAGCCAGCAGAAGGUGGAUACGGAUCCCUGCAGCCCACAAGUUACUGGUCUGUUCCAGAACAACGUGACUUUCCUCGAUUGCUUGCACAUUUUGGCCGUGACUUUGAAGGUAUCUCAAAUUUCAUGAAGACUAAGACAACAGUGAUGGUCAAAAACUACUACCAACGCAGGCUCGACUCAGGCCACAAGGACUUUGAGGAGAUUCUGAUGGCUGCAGAAGAUAAGAAGGCUCGUGGUGAACCGACUGGACCUCUCCCAGUACCUAGCGUUGCCCCUAAGCGGCGCUACGAGGCGACGCCGUCUGCAAUUGUUCCUCGCCCACUUGCUCCACAUGGUGAAAUGUUGAGCGAGGCAGAUGAGGCACGGUUCUCCUCCAAGGGUAAGCCACUUGCAAUGUCUCCUCAACCAAUGCCAAUGCACGGUCGACUACCAGAAGGCGACCGAAGCUCCAAUCGUUACCCACCUCUAGCACAAGCUUCUACCGCUGCUCCUCUGCCACCGGCUGCUGCAGGUCUUGGUGAUGAUGGCCGAGGAAUGCGUGGACAGACCGCUCAGUCACAACGAAUCCCAGGUCCACGCAUGGGGUAUUUCACUCCUGAUGACCGGCGAGGAGAUCCAUCAAUUCUACCACCGCAUUCAACUCCUCGUGCUCAAGACAUUCCCAUCCCACCACGACACACCCCCGGAGCGCCCAUGCCCCCAGAGUUGGCUCGAAUGGAUCCUUUAUCCUCGCAAGCAUACAUGUCUACUCAAGGGCCGUCUUCUCUUCUCGGCUCAUCGCACUCGCGCCGCCCAAGUCUUACUCAACCUCCUGCAUCGCCAACUCAAUUAGCCCGACCUGAACUUGACCUUGCUUCUGUGCACCGCGAUCCCUUCGGCCAGAGACAGUAUUACUCGCUUUCAGGUCAACCUCUCGGGCUUCCUCAGUCACCUCAUCCUGCUCUGUCACCUGUAAAGGAUGUUCCACGACCUAGCGCCACCCCGGCUCCUGAUUCCAAGGUGCCUGCGAAGCGUUCCAAUAUCAUGAGCAUUCUCAAUGACGAGCCGGAGGAGCCACAGCCCAAGAAGCGCUUUGCCAGUCCUCAACCCCCAUCUGCACGCCCUGUGUACCAACCUAGUGGCUCGACUCGCACGGAUGAGGGUCUCAUUACUGGCGGAUCAUCAAAGUCUUCUAUCUAUGGUCAACAAUCUCAAUACCCGACUCCAUCGCGUGGCUACUCUGAAUACUCAAGCUACGGUCCUCCCCCGGGUAGUGCAGGCGCAUCGGCAAAUAACGACUGGAUGGCGCGUUUUGACCCACGAGCACAGCAGGUUGGGUCUCAGCCCCAACCGCCGCCCCCAUCGCAGCCAAGCAGUCGUCCGACGGCUUCUGUGACCUCCCAGAACCCGUACUCGCACUAUGCGUCUCCGGGUCCUCAGUCGGCAGGUUCCUUGAACAAUCUUGCUGUUCCCUCCCCUGCGCCAACUCCACCCCCAGGAUCUCAGCGACCAGUCUACUCGUCUGUCUUCGCUCAACCCUCUGCUGGUCAAACCUCUGCAGCUUCCAAUUCUCGCGAUCCCCGUGACAUGGCAACCCAGCCCUCCGCGUAUCGACCUGCCUCUCCACCUUCACGGGCAAGCAGUGUGUUUGCUCCACGACAGGAGCCGUCCGCCCAAGUCCAGUCAUCGGCGAGUCUUUACAGCAUGCCUCGCCAGUCAGGUUCCCAGUCCUCUUUCUCUCCAGUCACUUCAUCUCCCAUCUCUGUCCAACCGCUUAAUCAAAGCUAUCAACAACAUGUUCAGACCUUGGUCAGUGGUUCCCACCAAUCUCAUCGGUCGACACCUGUUAGCUUGACUGGUGGCCCUUCACAUUACGGGCAUAGCACCCCUCCACCGCAAGCUCAGAAUGGUCGAUCUAUGCCACCAUUGUCCAGUCUUGGACGUUCCUACACUCCGCCCUCGGGGAUGCAUUCUUCCGUUGUAAAUGGAAUGGGUUAUGCGCCACCUCCAUCUGCUGCAGGAACUAUGCCAACUCUUCAUCAACGACCUCCAGGACCAGGUUCGCUGGGCGAUCCUACGUCUACACCAACUCACCAUCGGGUGUACAGUCAGGGCUCGCUGCAAGGCGGAAUGCCCGGGCCAUUGCACCCAUCUUCCCACCCGCCUCGUUAA